CGUUCUUUUCAGUUUAGAACCCGGCUGCUGAAGGAGGGCAUUGCUGUUGCAGCCCCGAAGAAAGGAGGCAAGAAGAAACUGUGGUUCCCUUUGGCCCUGUUUGGGGGCACUCUGGACGUCAUGGAGGACGGUAUCUAUGUGCCUCCAGAUCUGACACCAGAGGAGAGGCUAGAGUUGGAGAACAUCCGGCGACGGAAGCAGGAGCUGUUGGUGGAAAUCCAACGCUUGAGAGAUGAACUCAGUGAAGCCAUGAAUGAGGUGGAGGGACUGGAGGCCAAUGAGGGAAGUAAAACUCUACAGAGAAACCGGAAGAUGGGGAUGGGGCGUAAGAAGUUCAAUAUGGAUCCCAAAAAAGGAAUACAAUUCCUGGUGGAAAAUGAACUUCUGCGCUCCACACCUGAGGAUAUUGCUCGCUUCCUCUACAAAGGGGAAGGCCUCAACAAGACAGCCAUUGGGGACUACCUUGGCGAGAGGGAGGAGUUUAAUAUUGGUGUGCUCCAUGCCUUUGUUGAUUUGCAUGAAUUUACUGACCUCAACCUAGUGCAAGCACUCAGGCAGUUCCUGUGGAGUUUUCGAUUACCAGGAGAAGCCCAGAAAAUUGAUCGUAUGAUGGAAGCCUUUGCUCAGCGGUACUGUCUGUGCAACCCAGGGGUCUUUCAGUCUACAGAUACGUGUUAUGUCCUCUCUUUUGCGGUGAUCAUGCUAAACACCAGCCUUCAUAAUCCCAACGUCCGAGACAAGCCCACAGUUGAGAGGUUUAUCACUAUGAACCGUGGUAUCAAUGAUGGAGGUGACUUGCCGGAGGAGUUGCUGCGGAAUCUGUAUGACAGCAUCCGUAAUGAGCCCUUCAAGAUCCCAGAGGAUGAUGGGAACGACUUGACACACACAUUUUUUAACCCCGAUCGCGAGGGCUGGCUCCUCAAGCUGGGAGGACGGGUGAAGACCUGGAAGCGACGCUGGUUCAUCUUGACUGACAACUGCCUCUAUUACUUUGAAUACACCACAGAUAAAGAACCAAGAGGCAUCAUCCCAUUGGAAAACCUAAGCAUUCGGGAAGUAGAAGACCCACGGAAACCAGGCUGCUGUAAGCGUGGAUCCUUUUUACGAGAUGUUGGCUGCCCGCAAGAAACGGAUCUCAGUGAAGCAGAAACAGGAGCAGGCAUGAGGUGGGGUUUAGCUAGUUCCCAUCCUUUCCCCUCUCUGUACAUCCUCCUGUAUUAUCUCUCGGAUCUUCUGACAAGCCCACCUGGGUUGAACUCCAUGAAACCAACCAUUCCUAUCGUGGGUCCACCACACUACUUGGCCAGUCUAAUGGCAUGCCAGCAUCCCACUGCCUCCACUCAGUUAUCCCCACCCCACCCCCAAGCUUCCUCUAGCCCUGUGGGGGUUUGCCAGUGGGACUUGAGCUUGGGUGACUGCCACGGUGCGGCAACUUCAGGGAAUGGAUACAUUCUUUGUGUUUUGAGGCAGCUUCUCCAAACUGAAUUAAUCUUCAGCCUUCAUCAGACAGAAUCAAAUGGUUUCAAAGCAUCUCAGUUAACCCUACCAUACCUUGAUUAUGGGCAACCAACUUUGAUCAUGGUAACGGAACAUUUCUAUUUUGACUGGACUUCUUCGUUCUGCUUCCCAACAUAACAGCUGGUCUGCAUGUCUGAGAAGAAAAAAAAAUGGAAAAACCCUUUCAGGCUAUUAGCAGUUUAGAACGUGGGGAAGCCCUUGUUUUCAUUCAUCGGCUACAGAAAAACCGCACCUUGCUCGCCUAAACCAAGCACAUCAGGGAGUAAGCUAGCAUGUCUUUUGAACUGCUAGUUUUCUGUGUUUCAGGAUCAUUCAAGUCAUUUAAUUUCCCCAAACUGCUUCCUGAUGCCGAUAAUCACAAGAGCAUUUUUUACAUGCUUUUCUCUGUAGGAUGUCCCUUCGAAUUUGUUGCCAAACCAGCCACAUUGUGCAUCCAAGAAAGCAGUAUUCUGGAUCUGGCACACUAAUGUCUAUAUGUACCCUAUUCCCCAUUAUUUGGACUUAAGAAAGGAAGUAAACUCACCAACAACAACCAGCUGGGGCUAGAGAGCCAGACAACUAAAGUAUACACACUGACAUAAUUUUGAACACUAUUUGUAGUCUCCAGCAGGAAUAACUGACACACAUUUGUAACUGACACUUGUAUUUCUUCAUUGUUAGGCCCAGAUAUCAUUGUUCCCAAAUUUCCUUGACUGCCAAGCAAAAACGGAUCCUCCUCAGUUACUUGUGGAGUCAUUAGAACAUUGCCUCUACCGCUAAUUCUCCCUGCUCUUUCCUGCCUCAAGUGUAGCAGCAACCUAUGUGGGGCUUCCUUCUGUAGUUAAUUCAAUGUAUUUUUGGUGGCUUACAGAGGAAUUCAAAUGAAAACACUGCCACUGUCAUGUUAUAACAUGAUCAUUAGGACACUCCCUAAUUGGGCGAUGACAGUUCUGUUUCUAUAGAACUGCAACAAGAAUUGCCUCUCCUUUCUGCAUUAUCUUUUUCAGAUUCAGAUCUUUUUUAAAAUUCUGGAAACGGUUUUCUUCAUUUAUAAUAAGUCAUCAUGCUAUCAGGAUGGUUAAAAGACUGUAUCUCCCAUUUUUCCAGAACUCGUUUAUACUUACUUGCACAUUCAGGUUAUAAGAUCUGAGAACAAUAAAGAAGGAAGAGAGAAUGAGUUUAUGAAUUGGAAGAAAAAUUAGUCUCUGUAACUCCCUUUUUGUGUGGAUGUUAACAAAUGCAAAAACAAGGUAGUCCUUGAUUUACAACCAGUCUCUUGGCAACCAAAAUUAUAACAUCCUUACUCCCCAAGUACUUACAACCCAGAUUCGAAGUUCCAGCAGCCGGGGCCCCAGCCCACCCUAUGUUUAUUACAUUUUAGGAUUUUGGCAACCAUCUUGCAUUAUAUGGCCAUUUUCAACUUCCCGUGGUUACAUGACUUAAAUUUACCAAGUUUUUUUGCAAAAAAAACCCUGACAUUUACUUACUGGCAAAAAUACACCCAUUGCAGACGUAGGCCCCAAAAAUGUUGAAAAUUCAGGUGGGUCGUGUGAUGACCUGUUGUAACAACUAGGAAAAUGUAUGACCCCUAAUUCCAGGUUCAAUUAAGUUAAGGGCAACCUGUAGUUGUUGUGUUACUCUUUCCCCUUUCCCCACUCUCUCCAAGAUUUAAGAAGUUUGCUCUUCCUGGUGAUAGCCUCGCCUCACUGACCAGGCCUCCCAAGGCUGUCUCCUACUUGAGUGAGAGGGAUAUUGUACCUCUUCAUCUUGCAGCUCACAGCUCCAAAUCUAGUCUUCCACCACUGCUUUUCCUCAGGUUGUCCCUUAGGUAUAAACAUCUUCGAGCCUGAAGGCUUUUUCAAAUCCCGAGUUGGGCUUUCUAAAUCACCAAGUACUUUGUGGCACAUCUCAAGCCUUUGCGAAAAAGUAGUGCAAAGUCCUCAGGAGCUGCAAAGGUCUCCAGCUUGAUAUUCUACUACCUUUGUCCACAUGCAUUUCAGCUUGAUUGCCCUGCCCAAAGAAAAGCCGCAUCGACUGCAGGGGGUUCAAAUCUUGUUGGAUUUAAAUCCGAAGCAUCUUCUCCCCAGUUAGAAACUAUGUGGUCAGAAUGAAAGGUUGUGUUUAUUCCAUUUAUAAGAAAAGCAUGAGGGAAAAAAAGGCAGCAAGUGAAAGAAAAGGAUUGAUACUAAUUUUCAAUCUUUGUAUUGUGAAAAUAAAUACCAGAAAAUCCGGGAUACUCUUUAAAGCAGCAUUUUCCAUCUCAACCCAUUAAUGAGUUUGCUCAAAGCUGAGGUAUCUGCUUUAUACUUGCUCAAACCCAUCCUAGGAAACCCUUUAAUCCCUAAUCCUAAAAACUGGCUGGGGAAAUCUGGGAGUUGAAGUCCACAAAGUUGCCACUGUGGGACGGCCUUGCCCUAACCCUUUGCCUUCUUUUCAAUCUUAAUUUAAUUGAAUUCCCAAAGUGGCUAGCCUUUCCCCUUCUUAACUAAAGUUUAAUUCUAUUUCAGAUCCAAAUGUAUAACAUACAUAUUUUUAUAAACAAGAGUUUCAGAAGAGGAAGGUUAAAAUUAUUAAUCUCGUAGCUGGCAAAGAGGGAAGAGAUUGCCUUUUUUCCAGCUGUGUGUCAUAACCAAAAUUAUUUCUCCCAAGCUAUGAUUUGUGUGGAGAUGAGAGGCAGGAGAAAGCUCCCUUUAUUUGUUUGAAGGAUUAGUUUUUAUCAAGACACUUUCCAGCUGCUUAAUAAUGAUCAAUCCACCCCCAUACAUAUACACACACACACACAAUAUCCACAUUCAAUAUUGCCCUUGGUUCUUUGACCUGCCUUCUGAUUUUAUAUUUCUGAAAAAGCAUCUUUGUACAUUGGGACUGAUUAUUACUUGUUCUUCAGCAAUACAAAUAGUCCUUUUCUUCAUUACGGAUUUGAAUAUCUGUCUUGUAGGAAGGAGGUAUAACAAUCUCCCCUCCCCUACUUGCUCUUUGCUCCAGAAGACAAAAAGAGAAAGACGGGCAUUUUUCAUUGAAAGAAACUAUAUGAUAUUUCCUUUGAUGGUGAUGUUUUUGAUUUAUUUGUUUUUAAAGGAAAUGUUAACUAUUAUUUAAAAAUUUAAUGUAUACAUCUCUGGAUGAUAUGUAAACACCACGAAUUUAUCUAUGUUUUGGCUGAUUCAUUAUUUUAUUGUUAUAUUUAUUAAGGACCAAGGACCUAACCUGGCCAAAGGGGAGAAACUGGAGUUGUGAACUCAUGAACAUUUGCUUUCUCUUAGACAUCCUUUUUAUUUAGGAAAGGGGAAAAGGAAACCCCACUUGAGAAACAGCAUCUGAAAAAUGCCAGAAAUGGAUAAGAAUUACUUAAAUAUAACCUUUCGGCCAGUCUGCUGUAAGGGAGAGAAAGCAGCGGGAGUUUUUCCUCUACCAAAGGCUUCCCAGAAGCCAGGUUAGAAUUUAGCAUUGGAUUCAGGGUCACCAAGGAAUCCUUCUUGAGGCUAUUAAUAUACUGCUGAUCUUGCAUAUCUGUCUCACUGCCAAGGAACCAGAUGUAAUACAGUAAAUACCAUUGCUAAUAAGAUUGUGAACACAUGAGUGAUCUACCUGAGGAACAAACCUGAGCCCUUUUUCUCCCAGAAUAAAUGCUUAGUUUUCUCCUUCUGACAUCAAACAUUUCCUGGCAUUCUGCAAAUGCUACUCUGAGUGCUACUUAUUUUAUUUUUUUUAUUUACAUCCCAUGUUUAUUAUUUUUAUAAAUAACUCCAGGUGGCAAACAUACUCCUCCCUUCUCCUAUUUUCCUAUUAAUAACAAUACUAUUAAUAGCCUAUAUCCUACUCUGCUCUUUGCCUGGGAAACAGGUUACAGGAAAUCUGACGUUUUAUGUAUUAUGUCAGCAAAUAUUAAUUGAGUAAUUCAUCUGUUCAGUGGUCUCACCCGAUAUGAGAUAAAGAAUGUUAUUUAAUAUCAA